GUAGUGCCGAAGAUUUAUGAAAAAGAGGCUGAUACAAGAUAGUUGAUAAUUUGUCAUCCAGUUUAAUAAAAAUGGUCACCUGUCAGUAUUUUCUGCAAGGAACAUGUAAAUUUGGUGUAAGAUGUCGUAACGAGCACCCUACGGGUGGACUGAGGACUUCAAACUCAUUUGGAGGACUCAACAAGAGCUCAUUUGGGUCAGCGGCAGGAAAUGUUUUUUCAAAAGAACAAGCAGCAACUAAUAACCAAAAUCCUGUUGACAAGAUUGUAUCGAAUAUUAAAAGUGAGAUAUUGCUAUGGGAGAAGUCAAAAAUGUGGCUGUUUUCUUGCUUUUCCUACCAAAAGGAAUCUCCUUGCGUCUCAGGACUUGUAGAUAAAUCUCCUGAUGAAAUGCGCCUGGAUGCAUAUAUUGCCAAGGAAAAAGGAACUACAAGUGAAUAUCUAAAUAACAUGAAGCAGUUGAACCUGAAAUUUAUGACAAGAAGAGCUGAGUUGAAGUCGAUUACUGUUGCAAACUGGGAGCAAGUUCUCCAGAAUAGUCCCAGCAACAUUUCAAGUUCUAGCGCCCUAUUCUCUGGCUCAUCUACUUUGUUUUCAAGCCAGCCUUCGCAAGCAGCUAAUCCGUUUGCUUCAAGCACUGCAAAACAAUCCCUUUUUGGUAGCUCUACCUCUCAAUCGUUGCUGAGUGCAGCUAGUCCGUUCCAUUCGAAACAAGAUUCUACUUUUGGCAGCGGCCAGUCUUCACUUUUUGGUACUUCAAAGCAGUCAAUAUUUUCCUCAAACGCCAACGCUGGGAAUUCACUUUUUAGUUCGAAUACAAACGCACAGCCAGGCCUCUUUCAACAAAAACAGCAACAACCCUUCAUAUCUUCUUCGAACCCAAUGCAAGCUAGUUCGGUUGGCGGACUGUUUACACAGCAGACACCUUUAGGCUCCGGCUUAUCCUCGCAGCAGCCGAGUAACAGCGGCCUUUUUACAGAGAAGAACCUUUUCAGUGGUAAUAACCCACAGUCGAGCAACCUGUUUGGCCAGAAGACCAGCAAUCAAGCAAUAAAUACUGCCACUGGACCGGCGGCUGGUUUCACUGGUAUGCAG